AUGGGCCAGGCCCCUCAGUGCGGCUUCCUGGAGUUCAUGCUGCUGGCAGUGUGCAGCUGGGAGGGCAUCGCUGCUUUCCCAAACGCCUCCCCACUGCUCAGCCCCAACUGGGGGAACACGGACAGCCUGCUGCACCUGUACACGUCCUCGGCAAGGAACAGUUUCCACCUGCAGAUUCACUCCAACGGCCGUGUGGAUGGAAGUCCUCACCAAACCGUUUAUAGUGCCCUAGUCAUCAAAUCUGAAGGGGCAGGCUUUGUUGGGAUCAGCGGUGUGAAAAGUGGGCGCUAUCUCUGCAUGGACCUCAGCGGGACUAUCUUUGGAUCGCACUACUUCAGUUAUGAAGACUGUACUUUUAAACACUGGACCCUGGAAAAUGGUUACGAUGUCUACCAGUCUCCAAAACACCACUACCUAGUCAGCCUGGGCAAAGCGAAGCAACCUCUGUUCCCUGGUAUGAAUCCACCACCCUUCUCCCAAUUCCUGUCCCGACGGAAUGAGAUUCCUUUAAUCCAGUUCAACACGCCAGAACCUCGCAGGUUUACCAGAGAUGCCAACACAGAUCCCUUGGGUAGCAUCAUCCCAGCACCAACUGGCAUGAGAAAUUCCCAGAAGUUACAAAAUCCCUGCAUGCAACCAAACUCGCUGCACCAUUCUGCUGCGGUCAACAGCAUAGACCCGCAUGGUGCAGUCAUCUGCAGGAAUAGCCUUCGUGGUUAA